CCUUUAAAGCAGCCCUCCCUUUUUUAUAUUGCUGUUUUGACAGUUGUUGGAAACAUCAGUUAAGGAACUCAAUUCAGCUGAAGUCAUCCGAUUCUGUUCGAGUCACCCUCGAAAGUGUCGAAGGUUCUGCAGACAGGUGUUGAAUAUCUCAUCUUGAGGAGGAGCGAUGGAGGCGGCUGUUUUUGAGUAUCACAAAGAAGAAGACACUGUGGACAUCGAGUCUUUUCAGGGAGAGAAGCAGAAGCUCAUUCAGCCAACGUCUUUAAAAGACCCCAAACUAGAAAAGCUAAAGGAGGCACUGGUUUAUUGGAUCAAUAGUACUUUGAAACCGGAGCACAUAGUGGUUCAGAGUCUGGAGGAGGAUCUGUACGAUGGACUGGUGCUUCAUCACCUGCUGUCCAGGUUUGCUGGUGUGAACGUGUCCGUGGAUGAGAUGGCACUGACCAGCAUUGCUCAGAUCCGAAAGCUGGGAAUGGUCCUGGAGGAGUUGGACAAGAGACUGGGCCUGCAGGACAGCAGUCGGAUCAAGUGGAACGUCAAACUCAUCCACAACAAAGACCUUCUGGCCACUAUUCAUCUGCUGGUUGCCAUGGUGAGAGCGUUCCAGCCUGAACUGGAUUUGCCACCGAAUGUGACGGUGGAAGUUGUGAUUAUGGAAGUGAGCAAAAGUGGAAUCAAAUCAGAUGUACAGAUGGAGGUCCUGACAGAAAAGUGGGACAAAGGCUCAGACUCCCUAAGCAAGACUGAAAGGGAAGAUCCCAUCGAGCAACUGCUGAAGCUUGAGGCUCACAAGGUCAACACGGUGAAGAAGGCCAUCUUACACUUUGUGAACCAGAAUAUGUCGUCCAUGGGUCUGCAGGUGGCAGAUAUGGACAAACAGUUCGCUGACGGAGUGAUUCUGCUGCUGCUGAUCGGACAGCUGGAAGGCUUCUUCGUCCCGCUGUAUGACUUCAACCUGACUCCCGUCAGUCACUCUGAGAUGCUUCACAACGUGACCUUGGCCUUUGAUCUCCUUAAUGACACAGGCCUUCAAGUUUCCAAUGUUGAUCCACAAGAUAUUGUCUCUCAGGACGACACUGCCACCUUGAAGGUCCUGUACGCCCUGUUCAAGAAGCACAAAGGGAAAUGAGAGAGGAAGAGGAACUCAACAAACGGGAAUAGAAACAGAGCUGAAGAAAAGUGAGGAACUCGACCAGCUUGUGGCUUCUUCUGUCUGUAAACUGUUACGGAUGAGGUGAAGUUGACUGUUCUUAGACAUUUUGCUGAUGUUCUCAAGCUAAUUAAAAAAAUAAGUACAUGUAGCUUAAUAUCAAGUCAUACAUAAUCAAGUAAAUCUGUGUCUAUUAUGGCCCGAUCAGACCAGCAUUAACCAGCAUCAAAACUCUGGAGCAAAAUCAAUUCUUUUCAACACAAUCCAUUCUCGUGAAUGGGAUAUUUGAGGACGUAUGGAGGGAAUUUCUCAGAAUUUGACACAAAUUUCCACUUUGACUCAAGGCUGAAAUAUUUUGGUGGUCAAAGGUGAAGGUUAUUGUGACCUGAUAUCUGGUCCAUUCUUGAGAACACGAUAUCCCAGGAACACCUAGAGGGAAUUUCUUCAAAUUUGGCAUAAAUGUCCGCUUGGACUCAAGGAUUUACUGACUAGAAUUUGGUGGUCAAAGGUCACUGUGACCUCACAAAACACGAUAACUCAACUAAUUAAUGUUCUAAUUAUGAUAAUAUUACACAAAUGUCUGAUAGGAUAAAAUGAUGAAGUGGUACCAUGUUAAACAGAUGUAAACUUUAACUUUAAUGUUGAUGGAGGCCUACAACCACAAGGUAGUAAUUCUAUUUAGUUUUUUAUUUAUUUUUUAUAAAUGUUUUCAAUUUGGUUCACAUUCAGUCAAAAUAUUUGUGGUGUAUGUGUUAACCAGGGUUAUUUCCGUUUUUGGCUAUCUCUUGCUUUCUUUCCUUCAAUAUAUUUCCUUCUCAGUGUGACAGCGCUGGAACAUGGCCCUUUUCAUUUUGCUUUAACCAUUGUCUUUAACUGCCAUUUCUCAAUAACAGUGUGAAUUGAUUCCUCUGCUUCCUCCAUGUGUUCCUGCUGACAGUCAGUGACCUCCUCUUAUUCUAGUCUGUGAAUGCUAUUGUCAUUUCUGUCAUAAUUAUUUUUUUGCCAUGGAAUUGUUCACAACUCAGUGUCACACACAUGUAGAGAGGGUGCGUCACGCAACGAUGGAGGGAGGCUUAGAGAAUGAGACACAGACAAUAGAUGUGAUACCAUCAAAAUAAUUUUUGGCAAAUGAAAACAGGAAAAAUCCUUUGUGUUGGAAUGAUGUGUCAUUUCUUUGUUCAGAAUAAAUCUAUGCUAACCAUUAGUGACUUGUUAAAUAAAAUAUAUUUUCACUGCCACUCUGGUUUGGGUUUGUUGAUGAAGCUUUUGUAUUAGCACAUUGCAGAGUGAAUUUCUUUGUUUUUGUCUCUGAGGUUAAAGGAACACUAAACAGUAACAACGACAGCGACUUUCACACUUCUUAUUCAGUUCCCCCAGUUUUCAUGCAGAUGUGUUUGACAUUCAGGAAGCCAAUUUAUUCGAUUCCACCAGUGUGAUGGAAAAUACUCUAAAUUCACAUUUUAUUUCCCCUGACAUUUCAAAAGGUUUGCAUAAAAUUGGCUUGGCAGUCGGAUGGAAAAAAAAGCUACUGUAUAGAGAGAGACAGAAAGAUAUACAAAGAGACAUGGAGGUGUGUUUGUGCUCUUGUUCAUCAUGUAAAUUGGCAGUUUCAGCGGGCAGUUAAAGUAUUAUGAAAUCAAAAUGACUUAUCUUGUGUUUUCCAAUUUACAGCCCUUGAACUCCACAUCCCCAGUGAAAGUAAACAAGAUUUGUUUGUUGAAAAUUAAAUUGCACAUUACCUUAUGAAAAGCAAAACCCUUUGUAGAACACGACCAAACCAUGAAAGAACAACAAAGUGCCGGCUAUUUGCAUUUCACAGCCUCACAAGUACAAAAUGUAAUUGUAUUUCAUAGUCGGGUGUUACAUAUUCCAUCAAAUCCUACAUAUUUGCUUGUCAUCUCUAAAUAAAUAAAUAUUUAUCAUUAAAUCCUUCAGCAUACUGCCUUUUAUG